AUGGCUCUGGAUAGACGCGUCUCUCUGGUUUUCACACCACUCUCAAAUCGAACUCUGUGUACUCCUGAAGACCGCACAGUCAUUGUGCUUGUGGGCCUACCGGCGCGGGGCAAAACAUACAUGGCUCGUAAGCUUACGCGCUACCUGAAUUGGAUAGGCAUCAAUACACGCGGUAAGUUACUAAGCCUUGUAUUUAAAUCCAUAGUUUUUAAUGUUGGUGACUACCGCAGAAAGGCAACGUGUCUGCAGGGCCACGAUUUCUUCGACGAUACUAACAAAGAGGCGGCGAACAUUCGAAUGAAAGCUGCACGAGAAGCUUUGAGUGAUCUCACAGAGUGGUUGAAAGAUGACGGAGAAAUAGCUGUUUUCGACGCUACAAAUACCACUCGUAAACGGCGUGACAUGAUUCUCAAUUAUUGUCGACCGCAUAAUUUCAAGGUUAUCUUCGUAGAGUCCAUUUGUGACAAUCAGGAUGUCGUUCAAGCAAGCAUUUUGGAAGUUAAGGUCAACAGUCCGGACUAUAUUGGUAUGGAUAAGGAAUCUGCAAUGCAAGAUUUCCUUAAACGAAUUGAGCACUACGCUGCCCGAUAUGAACCCCUUGAUAUUGAACGAGAUAAAGACGUCCCCUUUAUUAAAAUUAUCAAUCAGGGUCAACGAUAUCUGGUAAACCGAAUUGCAGGCAAUGUCUCCAGCCGAAUUGUCUAUUACCUGAUGAAUAUCAACGUUGCGAAACGCACAAUCUACCUAGUCCGACACGGCGAAAGCGAAUACAAUCUGCGUGGCAAGUUGGGUGGUGAUGCUGAUCUCUCCGAUCGAGGAAAGCUGUUUGCUCAAAAGUUGGGCAGGUUCAUGGAACGCGAGGGUCUUUCAGAUUUGAAGGUCUGGACCAGCCACAUGCGUCGAACCAUUCAAACCUCUGAGUUCAUCAAAUGCUCACGUCUCGAACAUUGGAAGGCUCUGAAUGAGCUCAGUGCUGGUGUAUGUGAAGGCAUGACUUAUGAUGAAAUUCAAAGGAAAUAUCCCACCGAAUUCGCUUGCAGAGAUGCAGACAAAUUCCAUUAUCGUUAUCCCAUGGGCGAGUCUUACGAAGACUUGGUAGCACGAUUGGAACCCGUGAUAAUGGAACUGGAAAGGCAAGGUAAUGUGCUUGUAAUCUGCCACCAGGCUGUCUCACGAUGUCUGCUCGCUUACUUCACUGAAAUGGACAAGGCUGAACUGCCCUACAUUCGCGUACCACUUCACACUGUUUUCAAGCUAACCUCUUCCGCCUAUCGAUGUAUCGUCGAAACGAUGAAGUUAGAUGUCGAGGCUGUGGACACACAUCGCAGCAAACCAGUUAAUCCAAACGAAGUUAGAAGUCCCUUUGAGGCCUUGAAAACGGUUCCGCCCAAAUACUACGGGAUUUUUCUGCGACGGAGACAUGCAGUGUCUGCACGACUGCCAAAGACUUGGCUGUGCAUACUUCUCUUUCUCGCCUUUUUUCUUAGUAAAGGCACAAGAAUUGUUAAUUUAAGCCCGGUUGGUAGUCAGUACUCUCGUCAGGCAGUGAUAUGCCGUCCAAGCACUCUCCUAGGAUUGGCUGCAGUGCUUCAAAACGGUUCUGAGCUGUACAUUCACCUUACGAUGGAUCAACGUGGUCUGAUUCGUGGCUGUGCCAAAUGA